GGUAAGAGAAACACACCUUGAAACGUGAUGAAAACAAACCGCCCACGUGUGUGUCCGCUGUGAGCGGAGGAGAGACGCUAUCCAUGAUGAAGUGUGUCGUCUCCGGGUGUCCCAACCGCACCGUAACCGGUAACCGGGGGCUGUUUCACCGACCACCGAAGAGGUUCUUCAGCUUCCCCACAGACCCGGCUCGUGUCAAGGUGUGGCUCGCAGCGCUGAGGGAGACGGACCGGCAGGACGCCACAGAGCAGCACAUCAUCUGUGAAGACCACUUCCUGUCGGAGGACAUCUCCACCAGCGGGGUGAAAAGUGACGCCAUCCCCAUCAUGCCCCCUGACCUGGGCGGGCCGCUGGGCCUGGUCAGCCCCUGGGGAGCUGAGUGCUCCGAGGAGGAGGAGGAGGAGUGGGCCGCCGGAGACUGUGAGGAGGAGGAGGAUGAAGAUGAAGAUGAUGCUCCUCCUGCAACACAUCCUCCACAGCAGGAUCCAGGUGGUCGUUUGGAGAAUCCUCCGGAGGCGGCGACGACCAGUUCUCUCCUGCAGCAGAGGAGACGGUCUGAGUCCAACAGAGACGGCAGACAGAACGUGUCUCUGGGGCUGCUGACUCUGCGUUUCCUCCAGCUGCUGUUGGCGGCUCCGGACGGCGCUCUGGACCUCAGGGACGUUCCCGCGAGCCUCAACACCCGCAAACGGCGAGUCUAUGACAUCACGCACGUCCUGAGUGGCUUCAACCUCAUCAAGAAGGACUCGGCCAACUGGAUCAAGUGGAUAGGAAAGAGUCCCAUCUCCAGCUUCCUGUGGAAGAACCCGCAGAGGCUGCAGAGCGAGCUGGAGAACCUGAAGGUGGUGGAGGACAAGCUGGACGGACUCAUCAAAAGCUGCGCUCAGCAGCUCUUCGACAUGACGGACGACGUGGAGAGCUCAGCAUCAGCCUACGUGACGUACGCAGACAUCAGCCGGCUCAGAUCCAUCCAGCAGCAGACGGUGAUCAUCGUCAAAGCUCCGGAGGAAACGCAGCUGGAGAUCCCUGCGCCACAGGAGGACCACAUCCAGAUGCACCUGAAGGCGGGGAGGACUCCCAUCACGGUGCUGACCUGUGAGCUGGGCUCAGCAGAGAGGAGCGGCUCCUUCUUAACACUGGAGGAGAGCCGAGUCAGGACGACCACGCUGUGCACAGGGUCGCCAGGUGCACAGAGGGUGUAGCCAGCUGCCGGCCGUCCUCAGGGUUCAGACACAGACCUGGAAACAUGACGAGUUGAUGACAUCACAGAUCGUGUGCAGGUACCAGCAGGUCACACAAAGACACUUCCUGCACACAUGGCGGGAACACAGAGGAGGUUUCUACUGAAGACAGAUUUAAAUUUGACCUCAGCUGCUGCGACACGCCAACGUCACGGGAACAUUAAACCUUUAUUCAUGGAUCAUUUUUCACCAGUGAGACAAGAUUUUAUUAAACUCCUCUGUGGAGCCGGACGGUCUGCUGAGACAUGAAACGAUGCAGGUGAGGAAGACGACAGGUUUUUAUGUUUCUAAGAGGAGUGAUGAAGAGAAGCAAUAUGACACACGCAUGAAACAGUUUCUUCUAUUUUAUAUGACGUCAUCUGCUGUGAAAUAUUUUGAUUAAAUUUUUGACUUUUCUUUGUGUUUUUGAUAUAAAAUGUUUUUCUGUCAUCAAUAAAAGUCGAGCUUGUAUGAGA